GCAAGGGUUGAACAUUUGGCGAGAGGCAGGCACCAUGGACACGGCAAAAGUCGAGGUGGCAUUCGCGAGCGUGAACGAGGACGAGCGCGUGAAGCUGUACUACGCUAGCGACAAUUGCUAUGGCUGUGCUCUCCAAGCGCUCUCUCGUGACGGUUGCGAUUCCAGCAACGAUGAAUGCACCGAAAUGGCGCCCGGCGAUAGCACCUACACGUAUACCAUUCAGACUGUGUACUCUUUCUCGAUGGAGCUGCGCAACUUCGAUGGGGACCAUGUACGAUGGCUAUACCCUCGAUUCUGGUCACUUUCAGUUUGGAUUGUAGCUCUGGGGCGGGUCGAGCAUCAUGUUGAACGAGCACACCAACUACACCCUCUUUGCCAACAGGUCCGCCUCGGGCAGUGUGAAUGCGUCCUUGUUCAUGACAGACAGCCCGACGACGUCGCACACGUACAUGUCUGUGCUGCUCGUCGUCGUAUUGUUGUGGCCACUUGCUUGCGUUGGUCUGUUUUCGUGGAAAAAGCGGGCACAGCAACAACAGGCUGCCACGACUACCACGACUGCCGCUUUCCGCUCGCAUGCUAUUGACAGCGACAUCCACCUCGACGAGAUGCUGCGUGAACCGAUCCCAUCAGUCGUCAUCUCCACGCCACUGCAAUCGACCAAAAAGCCCCGCAUCGUUAGCUUGGACGUGUUUCGAGGAAUUACGAUCUUCGCCAUGAUCUUCGUCAACUUGGGCGGUGGAGAGUUCUGGUACUUUAAACAUGCAACGUGGAAUGGACUGACGGUCGCAGACGUCGUGUUUCCGUUCUUCGUCUGGAUCAUGGGGGUCACGAUGAACAUUGGGAUGUCGUCACAUGCGAAAAAAGGAACGGCGCUACACAAGAUGCUUCUGGAUGCCGUCAUGCGCUCGAUUCGGUUGUUUUUGCUCGGGCUGCUCUUAGUCAACGACUUUCGAAGUCUCCACGGUGGGCGCAUCCCAGGUGUCCUACAGUCGUUUGCAUUCGCAUACUUGAUGGUGAGCCUUGCUGUCGUGGCUGGACUCGCGUGCAAGUCGGAUCGAUUCCGGCAUCUCCAACGUGUGGUCGAAAGCCUCGUCAUGUUUGUCGUCGUGGCGGCUAACCUCGGCAUCGCAUUUCUGCUCCCGGUGCCAGGAUGCCCCACAGGGUACUUUGGACCUGGCGGACUGGGUGACGGUGGUCUGUAUGCCAAUUGCACCGGUGGCGCCCACUUGCUGGUUGACCUGACGAUCUUUGGUGAGAGCUACAUGGGCACCGGUGGGACCCAAGCAUCAGUGUAUGACACGAAUGGUCCGUGGGACCCCGAAGGCGCGCUGAAUUGGCUCAUGGUGUCAUUCAUGGCGUACAUCGGGUAUGUCGUCGGGGGUCUGUUCCUCCAAGCAACGAACUGGAAGCACAAAAUUGGCACGUUGGUCAGUGUCGGGGUCGUGCUGGCCCUCGUAGGCUUGGCUCUGUGCGAGUUCAAGAAGAACGGCGGGUUUAUCCCCAUCAACAAAAAUUUGUGGAGCCUCUCGUUCGUCCUCGCAGUGUCUGGUCUCGCGUGUGGCGCCCUCGCCGUGGUGUACCUGCUUGUGGAUCAUUUUGCCGUGUGGGGCGGGACCCCGUUCCGUGAAAACGGAAUGAACGCGAUUGCGCUCUACAUUGGGCAUGAGAUCCUGAUAGACCACACCCCGUUCUCGUGGGACCGCGACACGUCGUCGCAUAUCGAGAACCUGCUGAGCAACCUGGGCGGCGCGCUGUGUUGGACGGUCGUCGCACUGUGGAUGCACCAAGCCGGGAUCUUCAUUACAGUCUAGACAUUGCUGCCGUUCAUAGGGGAGAUUGAUUUCUCGGGUGCAGAGGAAUCGGCACGCUUGCCCCGGACUCGUUGACUAUGGCAUGAUAACGUGUUACGACCGUUGCGGUGGUCGUCCGACUCGUUAUCUGCUCGAGUCGUCAAAGUGUCGGUGGGGAUGCCAGACUUGUUAAACUUGAGAACGGGCAACUGGCCAUCUCGACGAGAUAGUCAAUAUUCAAUUUUUCAAUAACAGGGAAAAUUGGACUUUUUGUGAUUGGCAAA